AAAAAAGUAAAAUAAACAAAAACAAAAUCUUUAGUUACCUCAAAUGGUCAAACAUAUUUGGUGAUGGUGUUUUGCAGUCUUCACAAUGAAAAGGGGAUUCCCCAUCGAUUCUCUUCUACUGUUAAAUUUUGGGGGUAGACUAGAUCUAAAAAAUAUUAUACAAUCGUAAAGAAUUCAACUUUGUCAAAGUAGAGUUUUGACUAGGAAAAAUAAGGUCUUUUUGGAGAGGAGAAGGUGUUGGGCGACUAUCUUGUGGGAUAUAAUGCCGUAAUACGUUAUAAAAGAAUGGGCCUAAGAUAUGAUGUAUGAAUUCUCAGAGAACAGAACUCGAUGUCUCUGGAGUCUGGACAAAAAUACACCUAUCUAUCCAUAAUCGGAUGAAGAAGAAGACGACUUGAAGUGUUGUCAGCUGUCACACAAUUCAAUGCGAUCCUCGUCUUUUCAUCGAUUUACAACUUGGACUCAUUAAAAGCUUUGAAAGUCUCCUUAAAAUGGAAUAACGUGUAGUCCCCAUGGCCCAGAGCCAUGUCCUCUUUCUUCGAGUUGGGUUUUUUAUUUGAAAUAAUGUACAACCAAGGUUUUGAGUACUGGGUCCAAUGGCAAGUUCCUGUUUGUGCUUUGAACUUCAUCAUACCAGCAGUGGUAGUUCUCAAAUAUCUAAGGAAGGAGAAGAAAGAGGAUGCUUUAAGUAUAAGAUCCAUUGAUUUUUUGUGGAGUUGUUGCUGGAGACACCUCAAUCCCAUUUGGCUGCUUAUCUACAGAGCCUUUGCUUUUGUUUGCUUGGCCUCUAUGCUUUAUCAGAUGGUCUUAAUUGAUGGACCUUUUGCCUUCUACUUCUACACCCAGUGGACUUUUGCAUUGGUUAUUCUAUAUUUUGCGAUGGCGACUGUUAUAUCCGCCUAUGGAUGUUGGACAUCCACAAACAAACCGUCAUCUGCAGAUGUGACGGAAUCUGAUGGAGAGGAAGAAUUUGAAGAUGAAAUGAACUUGCAGAGCCUCCAUUCUCGUAAGGAGAUUCAACCAAAACUUGGAUCUUGGGGGUAUCUAAUGCAAGCGAUGUAUCAUACUUGUGCAGGCGCUUCUGUCUUGACAGAUUUGGUAUUUUGGUUCCUUUUAGUUCCACAAGGCAAUGAGCAGUUUGAGAUAACCCUUUUGAUAGGUGGCCUACACACUGUGAACGUUGUUUUUCUUAUUGGUGAUACCGCACUCAAUGUCAUUCCAUUCACUUGGUUCGGUUUUUCCUAUUUUGUACUCUGGAGCUGCCUUUAUAUUACUUUCCAAUGGACCCUUCACUUGUGUGGUUUCAUGAAAUGGUGGCCAUAUCCGUUUCUCGAGCUCAAUACACCAUGGGCGCCCUUAUGGUAUUUAGGAGUGACCUUAUUUCAUCUUCCCUGUUAUUGGAUAUAUACAAUGCUUGUCCAAGCAAAAAUCUGUCUUCUACCCAAAUUGUUUCCUCACGUGUAUGUCAGGUUGAACUAGUUUCAUACUUUUUGCAUAUUGGAAGUAAUAUACUUGUGCUUACUUCAUAAGGUACUUUUCCGAAUAAAUGUAAAGAGCUCUAAAGGAGAUUCUUCAUCUAAUAAAGAAACCUUGUAAGCACAGAAAAUAUCCAAACUAGUGCAACAGGGUGUUCAUGUUCAUAAUUGCAAUCUAAUAUAGUAUUUGGACACAAUUUGCUUCCA